AUGCCCCAGGCUCAUUUCUUCGCGUUGCUGCUUGCAGCCGUUGUACCGGCCGUUUUGGCGGACGGUCCCCCGGAAUCGAUGGGCGAGAAGUUCAGCGGCCUCAACGUUCUGGAUGGGAACGGCGGACUUCAAAGUUUGACCCCGACACCCUACACCAUAAGUCAAUGGCCUUGGGGUACUGUACCCAAGCUGUGCUAUGACACGUCUGUCAACAACAAGUACUGCAACCCGUACGAUCUCGAAGUAUACGAUGUCAGAUACACGGAUUGCCCCAUUCCCACCACCGUCUGCCGAUGCAAGAACUCACCUAUGGCCAUAGACACCAUUGCGCAGCGUGUCGGCCAACUCCCUGUCAAGGCUCGCCAGUAUAAUGGCUAUGUGUCCAGCUUUGCGGGAGACAUGUGCUCAGCCUACAGCGAUAGCUUCAACAACUACUUCUUUGGCGACUGCGGCAAUUCCGAGUCCGUCUUCUUCCAUGAGCUCAGCCACAACCUUGACCGUCACGUUGCAGGGGCGUCCAUCAACGAUUGGUACUCCCUUUCGCAAGACUGGAAGGAUACCGUUGCCAAGGACACUUGCGUCGCAGACCACUAUUCCAAGGCCAGCUGGCUCGAGGCAUAUGCCCAGGUGGGAGUCAUGGCUGGAUACGAUGCUACGGUACAGUCUAUCUAUACCCAAAAUGUCGGCUGUAUGGUCAAUCAGGUCAAGAAGGUGGUUGGACAGUUGAACAGUGUCUGGCGUAAACAGCCUGGGCAGAUGUGCGAUCGUUACUGGAUCAAGGACACCACGGUUUGCAUGGGACCUGAUGCGGAAGCCAGUGGCCACUGUCAAGCAUCCAAAGCUGAUGUCGCGGCGGAGUCUGGUGGUGUAAACCCAGUGUUGCCGGACGGGCAGCAGAAGAAGCACGACGCCUUGGUCAAGGAGCUUCAGCGUCACGCCGAGGCCGCGGCCGGCAUUUCUUCCGGAAAACCGGCGGCCGAUAGAAAGACCAAGGGUAAGAAGGGUACCAAAUUCAGGGUCUGA